CGAAAUCCCAACUAAAAAUACCAAACCAAAAUAAGCUGUGUGUGAAAGAUGACGGCAUUGCUAAAAUAUACUUUGGGGUUUCCUUCCAGCUCUUUAGCACCUGUCAAAGAGCAUGUCUGGAAAACCGGAGACUGCCUCGCCGGAAAUUAUUGCCUGCAAGGCCAUUAUCAAGAGACUUUUCUCCAGUUCCUACAAGGACAUAGCCUGGGUGUUCUACGAACCUCUGGAUGCCCAGCUCUUGGGACUCCACGACUACCAUGACAUUGUGAAGGAACCCAUGGAUCUGUCCACCGUAAGAUAUCGCGUGAAUACUGGUUGCUAUCAGACUGCCUCGGAGUUCGUCAAGGAUGUGAGGCUGAUCUUCUACAACACCUAUCUGUACACGAAUCCUGGCCACCUGUGCUACGAAAUGGCCAAAAAGCUGCAGAUCAUCUUCGAGCAAAUGUUUGCCCAAGUUCAGAUGUACAUAACAAAUGGUAAUGAGGGUAAUGCUGAAGAUGAGAGCUCCUCAGGCUCCUCGGAUGAAUCGGACUCGGACUCGGAGGACUCGUCACCGACUGAAAAUGAACAAGGCAGUCCGGAGGUGUCCUCUUUGAUAAGGGAGGAUCCCCCGGAAUGGACUUCGCCGGGCUUCUCAGGAGCUGUAAGUCAGCAGAAUCCCUUCACCACCGAAGAGGACCUCGAUUUGCAUGCCAAAAUUCAGCAGCUGGACGGCGAGGUGCUGCUCCAUGUGAUUCACCUGAUCCGAAGGAUGGAAGGCGCCGGAUUUUGCAACAAGGAGCUGGAGUUCGACGUCUGCCAGCUGAAGGCGCACACCAAACGCUUAAUUCUCGAGUACUUGGCCAGCAAGGGAAUCACCGGGAAGAGAGUGUCCCGCAACAAACCCAAAUACACCUAA